AUGUCGGAAGCUCUCUCCGCCCUCCAGCUCCUGGCGGCGAUGUACCCGCUGCCCGACGAGCUGGUAUUCGACUCGGCGUCCCAAAGCGCACUCGACACGGAAGAGGACACGGCUGACGUGUACAACGUUGUGGUUCGGGCCCCGAUUGACGACGAAGAAGACCCGAGGCGGAUAGAGCUAUCUGUUGCCAUCCCGGUGUCUGGUCAAACCAGGAUAGCCCCGCGUCAACCAGACUUCCUGACGCGAUCGGCUUUCGAGCAGCUGCUGGCAGACAUGCCGGGACCUGUGGAGGCGCCUACAGAUUACAUCAUGACCGUGAUAGAAUACAUUAGAGCUACGGCCUCGGUGAGUGCCGCUUGCGACGCUUCUAAACUGAUGGAUCAGUCAUUAAUACUAGAGGAGCCGGAGGUGGUCGUCGCUCCGACGCCUGUACGAGAUGAGGGACCUCUGUGUCGGUGCUGGUUCUGGCUGCCCUCACUCGACUCGAAGGACAAGACGAGGGAGAUCGUGACGUAUACCUUCGAGUAUGGGCUCACCGGUUUUGUGCUGGCAGGCAAGCCGGGUCUUAUUUGCGUCGAGGGAGGUGGCAAGGACAUCGAUAGAUACAUGUCCAAGGUGAAGAGCGAGAGCUGGGGUGAUGUGCCAAGCUUCCAGAAGAAAGUAUGUUUCGAAGGCUCUCUCGUAAGCGUCUCAUCCACUAAUUUGAAACAGGUAACGGAGCGUCUUCGAAGUCCGAUCACGACCAGGGCUUUCUCGGAGAUGAAGGACAUCACUAGCAUCAUCACGCACUACGGCCGGUUCUCUCAUCGCGGAGACAUGGGCGAGGUCAAGAAGCUCAUGGAUGAGUGGGGCGUUGGUGGAGACUUUGGAGCGGCUGUGAUGGGAAGCCACAACUAG